AUGGACGUUUGUCACGCACCACAAUACUUACCCGACCUAGUGUUGGAUAUAAUAUUUUCAAACUUGGAACUGCCCGACUUGUUUAGCUGCAUGUUGGUUUGUCAAAAUUGGUAUAGAGUUAUUAAUGAUGGAAGGGCAGAACCAUGGAAAUUGAUGUGUCGCCGUAAGAUACCCAAAGAGCUACUUAAGUCUGAACUUCUGUCACAACUCCACAACCAUAAGGCUAAGUUACGUGCUUUAUAUCAUUCAUGGAAUCCAGACGAUUGUUCCAUGCACAUUGUUGUCAAACAAAAUGGUUUCACAUUACAUCGCAAUCCAGUCGCCCAAAGUACAGAUAUGGCAAGAACUAAAAUUGGUUAUAACAGUGGUAAACACGUAUGGGAAAUUACAUGGACUGGACCACUAGGUACAGUCGCAAUGGUUGGAGUGUCAACAAAAGAGGCUCCAGUGCAUUGUAGUGGUUACUUACCUCUGUUGGGUAUUGACAAGCAUAGGUGGGGCUGGAACUUAAUCGAUAAACUUUUGUUACACAAUGGAGUAUCACAUGGAAACUACCCGUUGUUAAACAAUGCUCCUAAAUAUCAAAUCGGUGAAAAAUUACAAUUAAUACUAGAUUCUGAAAAUGGGAUUUUGCACUUUGAAAAAUGCAAUGAAUUUUUGGGUAUAGCUUUUAAAAAUUUACCUAAAACUAAAUUAUAUCCUUCAGUGUCAGCUGUUUAUGGUAACACGGAAAUAUCAGUAGUAAUAUUGUUAAGCCUCUAUAUGGUUAAGUAA